AUGGCCGACAACAAAGGAGGAAGAGGCGGUGGUGGUAGCAGGCGUAAGAACAGAGAUAUGGGGCGAGCUGAGUGGAGUCGUCAAGGAAUCGACAAGCGACAGCGCCUUGAGGAGCAGGCCGAAGCGAAGCGCCGCAAGCUAGAGAAUGGCGAAGAGGCCAGCCUUCCUAUAUACGCGACUCAGUUCUCCAAGGAGGAGAUUGACGGAGAGGAGCGUCGCCCGAAGAAGAAGGUCGCACUUCUUCUUGGAUACUCCGGUACUGGAUAUUCCGGAAUGCAGCUGAAUGAGCAACAACGUACUAUCGAGGGAGACCUUUUCUCAGCCCUCGUCAAUGUCGGUGCAGUCUCCAAGGCCAAUGCGGCGGAUCCCAAGAAAUCGUCAUUCGUCCGUUGCGCCCGCACAGACAAGGGUGUCCAUGCUGCCGGCAACGUGGUUUCCCUGAAAAUGAUCGUCGAGGACGAGGAUAUCGUCCAAAAGAUCAACGAACAGCUCAGCCCCCAAAUCCGCGUCUGGGGCUACGAAGUCACCAGCAAGAGUUUCAGCUGUUACCAGAUGUGUGAUUCCCGUGUAUACGAGUACCUGAUGCCUAGCCACUGUCUUCUGCCGCCUCACCCGAGUACAUAUCUCGGCCGGAAAAUCGUUCAAAUCGCCGAAGAGAAAGGCGACUUGGAUGCGGUCAAGAGCCGACAGGAAGAGGUCGCGAACUACUGGAACGAGGUCGACGAGCAGUACAUCAAGCCGAUUCUCGAAAGUCUGCCGGAAGAUAUCCGCGCCAUUGUGGAGAAGUCCCUCUUCCAAGACGACCAGUCUGGAGAUAGCAAUGACCCCACCGCAGACGCUGAAGAGCAAGAGCCUUCCUCCGAGGCGCCAGCCCCAGAGACCCAGCAGAGCGAGCCGAAGCCCGAAGAAUCAGCUGAACCCAAAGCCCAAGAGUCAGGCGAGCCCGAGCCCUUCGUCAUGGAGCCUCGGCAGAAAGCCAUCGUGGACGCAACCAAGGCCAUCAAGGCCGCGUACCUCAAAGCUCGCCGUGCGUACCGAGCCCCAGCUGCCCGCAUCAACCGCCUGCAGGAAUGUCUCUCCCGCUACGUCGGCACCAUCAACUUCCACAACUACACCAUCCAAAAGGCCCACAAUGAUCCAUCUGCCAAACGACACAUCAAAUCCUUCCAGGUCAACCCGACUCCCAUCAUCAUCGACGGCACAGAAUGGCUGAGCCUGAAGGUCCACGGCCAGAGUUUCAUGAUGCAUCAGAUCCGCAAGAUGGUCGCAAUGGCGACCAUGGUCGUCCGCGCAGGAUGUCACCCAGAUCGCAUCCCUGAGACUUACGGACCAGACCGCAUUGCCAUCCCCAAAGCACCGGGUCUGGGUCUGCUUCUGGAGCGUCCCAUUUUCGACGUUUACAACAAGAAGGCGCAGGGCAAUGAGCGGUCUGCUAUUGAUUUCGGACGCUGGGAGAAAGAACUGAAUGAGUUCAAGCAGCGGGAGAUCUAUGAUCGCAUCUUCCGUGAGGAGGAAGAACGUGCCGGCUUCGGGUCUUUCUUCAACCACAUCGAUCAUUUCCCCGCUGAAUACUUCCUCUAUGUCACAUCUGGUGGUAUCCCUGCUGCCAAGCUCACUACCUCGACUGCUCUCUAUGAACCCGGUAGCCCCAAGGGCUCCAAGUCUCGUUCGGAGCGCAAGCGCUCUCCUAGUGGUCAGCGCAACCAGCGACAAGCACUUGCUGCUGUUGAGGGCGGGUCAGAUGAUGAGGGUAAGGCUCCAGCCGGUGGAGAGGAGGAGGGUUAA